UUUCUCAUGGAAUUUUAUAUGCGAUGGCCAGAACAUAACCUACGACUGUUUAUCAUCUGUCUAACCUCGCUUAUGCGUAUUUAUACGUAUUUAUGCCAGUCUUUAUAUUUAUCGUUUUGAAAAUAAUUUCGUCGUCAAAUGUUUAUUUAUUAAAGUAUUAUCUGACAGGAAUAUUGUACUGUCGCGAAAUAUAUCGAGAUUUGUAAUGAGUUGAUGACAGCAAUAAAUUGCAAGUUUGCUUGAACAAUAUGUUUACCGGGAGCAAAAAAACUUUGAAGGAAACGCAGAUAAGCCGGGAUGAAGAAAUUUCUUCCGUUGCUUCGAGAGAUGGUGUGAUUUUGAAAAUCUUUCUUCUAGUUACUUGCAUCAAGAUCCUCUUGAUUCCUACUUAUCAUUCCACUGAUUUUGAAGUACAUCGCAACUGGCUAGCUAUCACAUACAGUUUACCUGUUAAAGAAUGGUACACAAAUACGCAAUCUCCGUGGACUCUUGAUUAUCCACCCUUGUUUGCAUGGUUUGAGUAUUGCCUUAGCCAAAUAGCUGUAUUUUUCGAUCCAGAGAUGGUCAAGGUGGAGAAUUUAAAUUAUGCAUCAUCAGCUACUGUGUAUUUCCAAAGAGCGACUGUUAUAUUUACUGAUCUGAUAUUUGCAUAUGGAGUGAGAGAAAUGAGUAGGACAUUUUGUAAGUCUUCGAAUAGCCAUGCCGUUUUCGUACUUCUAUCAUUGUGUAACAUAGGGUUACUGAUAGUCGACCAUAUACAUUUUCAAUACAAUGGUUUUUUACUUGGAAUUUUGUUGAUAUCAAUAUCAAAAGUUUCACAGAUUGGAAAAGAGAUGUCAGUGUUGCAAGGUGCCAUAUGGUUUGCUAUUUUACUCAAUUUAAAACAUUUAUAUGUGUUCAUAGCACCAGCAUACAUUGUUUGGUUAUUAAAAUCUUAUUGUCUGAAUAGUGGCAAAUUUUUUAAACGAUUAUUUACACUUGGGUUUAUUAUUCUGGCUGUUUUAACAGCAUCUUUUGGUCCAUUUAUAACUCAAUUAUCACAGGUAAUUUCCCGUUUAUUUCCAUUUAAAAGGGGUUUGGUACAUUCAUAUUGGGCCGCAAAUUGUUGGGCUUUAUAUAUUGGUGCAGAAAAAAUACUGUCUGUUAUAUGGAAACAUUUGGGAUGGCUAAAAGAUGUUAAAGCUGCAGUAAUGACAGGUGGUCUAGUGCAAGAGCAGAAUUUCUUUAUAUUACCUACUCCAAUUCCUAUUGUUACAUUUCUUUUGACUUUUUUGGCAAUACUUCCUGCAUUAUGGUGUUUGCUUUGUAAAGAAUCCUACAUGAAUUCAAAAUAUUUUGUCAGAUGUAUUGUAUUAUGUGCUUUAAGCUCAUUCAUGUUUGGUUGGCAUGUGCACGAAAAAGCCAUAUUAACCGCAAUCAUACCUUUGUGUGUUCUCGCAGCAACAAACAAAGAAGAUGCACGGAUAUUCAUAAUUCUAAACAGUACUGGACAUACUGCUCUUUUGCCAUUACUAUAUCCCGAUAACUUAUUUUCAUUAAAAUUACUACUAUUAUUAACAUAUAUGCUUUCAUCGAUUUUAGUUUUAACUAAUCAACAUGUUAGAUCUUUAUUACAAUUAUAUGAAUGGUUAUACAUAAUAUCACUGCCAUUAAUUACAUUUUAUGAAAUGAUAUUGCAUAAAUUAUUAUUAGGUGACAGAUUACCAUUCUUACCAUUAGCAUUUACUUCCAUAUAUUGUACAAUUGGCAUAACUUAUUGCUGGAUAUUGUAUUAUUAUAUAUAUUUGCAGAAUAAUGCUUGUAUUAAUAAUGAAAUAACAGAAAGCAAAUUAAGAUGUCAAAGAUUAAAGAAUAAACAAUCUUAAGAAAAAUAAUUGCUAAGAAUUUGUUCACGUACAAAUCGAAUUAAAAAUAUUUUAACUUAU